UAACCAAUUUCUCUCCGUCUUCGUUCACAAAAACCGGAUAUUUCACCCUGAAAAUUUUGCAACCGCGAAGCAAAAAUGUUGAGACUUGCGGCGAAGAGGGUUCUCCAAGGCGGCCGUCUGGGGUCGCCGGAGGCUCAGUCACCGGCGGUCCUAAGCCUGCCACGUAUGUACCACGAGAGGGUGGUGGACCACUACGACAACCCCCGCAACGUCGGAACGUUCGACAAGAAUGAUCCGACGAUCGGCACGGGGCUCGUUGGCGCUCCAGCCUGUGGCGACGUGAUGAAGCUCCAGAUUAAGGUCGAUGACGGUACGGGAAAGAUUGUUGAUGCUUGCUUCAAGACCUUUGGGUGUGGAUCGGCCAUUGCUUCUUCUUCUGUCGCUACGGAAUGGGUGAAGGGGAAACAAAUGGAGGAAGUCUUGACGAUUAAGAACACAGAGAUUGCAAAACAUCUUUCACUUCCUCCAGUGAAGCUUCACUGCAGCAUGCUCGCCGAGGAUGCCAUUAAGGCAGCUGUUAAAGACUAUCAAGCCAAGCAAACCAAAAAAACUGGCGGUACAGAGCCAUCUCCUGCGGAGAAGGCUGUCAAUGCUUGAUUCUUCUCUCAUUUGAAAUGAUGCUGAAAUGUAUAGGGUAUAGUUUUCCACCUCUUGGUUGUUUACUAGAUGUUAUAAUAAUGGUGGUACAGAUUAGCGUUCCUCGAACCCUUUGUUUUCUUUUCGUGUGGAAUUGCGGCUGUAUGAACAAACAAGUUUAUUUUUUAUGUAUAAUGUAAAUUAAAUAUAUGAAGGCGGCAUUUAACGUGUUCA